AUGUCGACUCCUUCUGGUACUCCCGCAAGUGCCACUAGUGAGGAUCCUAGUGUUUCGAAUGACGCGACCAUGGCGGACGACGAGGAUGUUCCUGUGAACACCCAUUUCGUAGGGGGCGCCUUCCGUUGCGCGCAACACAUCACGCGCUGGAAAGGGCUGAAACGGAAGGACGUCCGUCUUUGCAAGGCGCCUAUCCCUUCUGCUGACCGCGGCGCCGUCCGCAAAUUGUACGAAGGCAAACACGCCUGCAGGGAAGGGAAGAAGAAGGCGGAGGAGAUGGCGAUCGAGGCGUGUGCGGGUGGAGCGAAGAAGCAGUGCAUCGAAGACUUCUACGGGGAAGGGGCGUCGUGUGCGAAGGAAUCGACAGACGACGCCAUCUGCCUCAUGUGGGCGGCACUUCACCUCCCGGAGCAUCUCGCAGAUCACCCUCACUGGCGCAACGCUGUGCGCUGCAUCACGGACGCGGGCCAUGGCUACGUUCCCCCGAAGCGGCGGUAUGUUGGUGGCACCGGCCUUGUGCGCUGCCGCGAAAAGAUCGAGAGGGGGCUCACUACCAUGACUGCGAGCUGGAAGCGGGAUGGCGUGACGAUAGGCUCGGACAUGAUGACGGACAAAAGUGGCCGUCCCCAAGCCAACAUCCUGCUCAUCAAUGAUUCCACUGCAGUGUUCACCGAAAGCAUCGACUGUAAGUUGGAGACGAAGACGGGAGGCUACAUUGCAUCCGUUUUGUGCCCGAUCAUUGAGAAGGUGGGGCCCGCCAACAUAGUUGCGUUAUGCAUCGAUGGGGGCAGCAAUUAUGCGGCUGCAUGUAGGGAACUCAUGCUUGAGUAUCCUCACAUUGAGCAUGUGCCGUGCGCUACUCACAUCAUGGAUCUGCUCAUGGAGGACAUUGGGAAAAUGGAUUGGGCGAAGGACAUUGUCGCUAAGGCGGGGGUGAUUAUUACCUUUGUGCGUGCCCACCAUUUCACCAAAGGUUACAUGCGAAGCCCGCAAGUGAAGGGAGGGAAGGGGAAGCAGGUGCUGAAGCCGGCGGGCACCAGAUUUGGCACGCAAUUCAUCGCGGUGCAGCGGCUUUGCGAGGUGCGGAGUGCAUUGACGCAGAUGGUGCUGAGCCCGGAGUGGCAGGCUUGGGCGAAGGGGAGGAAGCCGCCAGUCGAGCCCUUCGCAACCAUGAUCAUGGAUGCCGUGUGGUGGAAAGGUGCGGAGUUCUUUGUCGCCCUCCUGAAGAUCCCCUUUGUCGUCAUGCGCAAGACCGACUCGACGGCCAAGGGCAUGAUGGGCAGGAUGUACGAUCUGAUGCUGUAG